AUGGCAGAAGCAGAGACUAUCGUCGUAUCGGGCCUCAAUGAGGAAGGAAAGCCGAUCAUCGCCAAAGAAACCGUCACAAAGAUCGCAUCAGCAUCCCAAGACAAGACCGUCAAGAUAUGGGACCCAGAGACCGGCUACUGCAAGGCAACCCUCCAAGGCCAUGCCGGCGACGUCUACACAGUAGCCUGGAAACCCGAUGGCAAACUGCUCGCAUCGGGGUCCGCCGAUGGCAAUCUCAAGAUCUGGGACUCAACGACCAACGCGUGCAACUUUACCCUCCCGCACGGAGCAGCUGUCAUGGCCGUCUCCUGGUCUCCUGACGGCACCAAUCUGGCCUCUGCUGCAGCAGACGGAACGCUGAGGCUUUGGGUUGCAGAGACGGGCGAGUGUCUUGCCCAGCUCAAGGCGAGCAACUAUGAUAUGCCGACCCUUGCUUGGUCUCCGGACGGCACUCGCAUCUUGACAGGCUCAGACGACCACUUUAUGAGAGUCUGGGACAUCUUGACGGGCGAGUACAACGCUAUUCCAGUUGGAAACACCUGGACUCAAGUCUUUACUGUUGGCUGGUCACCCGAUUCCAAGCUUUUCGCAUCCGGAAUGGACGACAAACAGGUGACCAUAUGGGAUCCAGUCACCGGCGAGCGUAAGCUGGUGCUCAAGGGACACGUAGACACCGUCAAGGGCGUCUCUUGGAACCCUGACGGAAGCAUCUUGGUCUCGGCAUCGUACGAUUGCAAGGUCAAAGUUUGGGAUCCCAAAACGGGUUCAUGCAACGCAACGCUUGAUGGACAUGGCGACUGGGUCAAUGCCGUCUCCUGGGCCCCAGAAGGCGUCAAGUUCGCCUCGGCCUCCAAGGAUACGACGGUCAGGAUCUGGGACACAUCGAGUGAGAAGUGCAUACGGGUGCUCUCUGAGCACACUGGUCCUGUUUACUCGGUUGCUUGGGCCCCGCACAUCAGGCCGCCAACGCCGCCCCAGCCUCCGGAUGAUGACCUGGAUGGCCAUUUGGCGGAGUGGAUGAAGAAGUUUAUGGACAUUCAAGAUCGUCUACGCAAUCUUGGCGGAGGUGGCACGGUAAGAUCAGCUCGUGAUACACUUUAUAUCUGA